AGAAACACUGUUCUACUCCGUGAUUGGAUUCUGUACAACUAUUAUCACCCCUAAUCAUUCUAUGGCCCCGGUGGUUCAGCCUAAGCCUGCAGGUUAGAUGGGUUCUCUGGGACUGGCCUGGCAAAACUAAUCACCAUGAAGAACAUUACGGCAAGGAAAAAAGGCAAACAAGGUGAAGACAGAAGCGGGGAUGGUGAACUCUAAUACCAAGAAGACUGAUAAGCUCGCCAUGUGCACCGUCAGUGCCCGUGACCUGGAGGAGAUCCCCCUGGACGACGACGACCCGAACAGCAUGGAGUUCAAAAUCCUGGCGUUCUACGCCAAACACCACGUCUUCGGGAACACGCAUGCCGCCGCCUCGUCAAAGCUGCCCAGAGCGAGAAGUUCGUCCCAGAGAGGACUGGGGAGUUGGCCAGCACACGAGUGGACACAGGUGUCAUGGGCUUGGAGAACGUCCCCGUCCACCGAGAAGGCCGCGAACCUGGGCAAGAAAAAGUCGUCCUGGAGAACACUCUUUGGAGUGGCGGAGAGGGAGGAAAAUGAACAGAGCCCCCCUAUGUUGCAUGUCCAGGGUCGGACAGUAGCAGAGUUUCAAGGGCCCAGUCAGCCAAGGACUCGGUCCCUUUCCAACGUGGGACCCCGUAUAGAGCAUGAAGCCGAGGACCCCAAAGUCGUUUCCAUUGCCAACCGCGUGGCCGAAAUUGUGCAUUCCUGGCCCCCAGCCGAAGAAGUCCACGGCCAGGCGGGAAGCCACGAGGCCAAGGGCGGUCCUGUCCAUCAGUUCCUCCAGCGCCAGGGCCACUGCUCCCAGCCUCGAGCGCCCGGAGCUAAGAAAGAUGGAGAAGAGCAAAUAAUAGCCAAAAUCGUUGAGCUGCUGAAAUAUUCAGGGGAUCUGUUGGAAAGAGAGUUGAAGAAAGACAAGGCUUUAACGAACAGCCUCCAGGACCUGCUGUGCUACCGUGUUUUCAAGAACAUCACAGACCAGUUCCUAAGGGGUGUGGAUACCAGGGGAGAAUCAGAGGUCAGAGCUCAGGGCUUUAAGGCUGCCCUUGCAAUAGACGUCAUUGGCAAGCUCACCGCCAUCGACAAUCACCCCAUGAACCGGGUGCUGGGGUUUGGAACCAAGUACCUCAAAGACAGCUUCUCGCCCUGGGUCCAGCAGCACGGUGGAUGGAACCCUCUUAAGCCCCUCCUCUGCCCCAGAGCCUUUCCUGACCACCCUAGCUUAAGGGCCUCACCAGCCUCUGACUUCUUACAAUACUUCAUAUCUGCACUAGGAUUAUAUACAGGAAAGAAUCAUCCCUGUGGGACUUGUUAAUACAUUUUCCCAAAAAGAUUGAAAAUGUACUCGGAAUAUCACAUGAAGAAGUAGACUGAAACAUCAGAAGAUUUGUAAUCCGGAACACUCCUUAUGCAGCUAGGAUCUUGUCUAUGUUGGUCUCGGCAUAGGCUAUGGGAGAAAAUAAACAUGUGCAAGGCAGAGGGAGCACUGAAGUUUUCAAAGUCAUUGUUCCUGUGAAUCCAGAGGCCUGAGGGGAGAGGCCGCGUCCGUCUGCGGCUCAUAGAAUGUAGUAGCGUGGCCAGUGACAUCCCUGUUUUUCAGGUCGUCCAGUGAGUGUGGAAGGAAGUCUGGGAAGACAAGUGGCAAUUUUCCUUUCAGAUGUUCAGAACGGAGACAGUCAUCUUGCCUCUGUGGGCCGCUUUAGGGAAAUUCUGUUACAGAUAUUUGCUGAUCUCAUGAGGGUGAAAUGAGAAAUCGUGCAUGUGUUUA